AUGUUUUCUUUCUUUGUUCUUUCUCGUUCUGCUCUUUAUCAAUGCAAAUCUCCAUUAAAUCACCCACCAGUAGUUCCUAAUGGUACAUUAAAAACCAUGUUUCUCUUUACAAGACACGGAUUAAAUUCUCCAGAAGCCAAUAUCUUUCCUAAAAAAGAUGAUGGAUUCUGGCUUUGUGAUGCACACGAAGCAAGAUCACCUAAUAUGCGUGUCUCUACAGUAAAUAAUACUUACCGUCGUUACAGACAAACUAUAUUCCAUGCACAAUCUCCGUUCCCUCCAAACUGUGGUGCAACACAACUACUUGUUGAAGGAAUGAAUGAUCAGCAUGAACUUGGCGAAUAUUACAGAAAUUACUUAGUAAAUGAACUUAAUUUGCUUUCGGAAUUCUAUGAACCAUCACAGGUAGAGUUCAGAUCCGGCCAAAAAGCAUACUCUGUUAAAUCAGCCCAAGCUUUCAUUGAUGCUUUAUAUCCACCCGAAAUUCCAGGAGAAAUGGUCGAUAUCAUGGUUGGAACAGGAAAACAAGACGUAAUAUUCAACGAUCCAAAUAAUUGCAAUGAUAUUCAGAAGUAUUUCUAUUCUUGGAUUGCAACAACAGAAUUUUCCGAAAGAUUUAACACUACGAAAGAAAUUUUAGCUCCACUUCUCAAUUACAUCAAAAUUCAGAUGGAUGAAAUGCUUUUUUACUCAUUAAACGAGAUGAUGAUGUCUUAUUAUUGUUCCGACAACAAAUUACCAUCAGUUGUUACAGAUGAAGUCCUCGACACGCUCUACAACAAUACUCAGUACACGUUAGAGAACUUGUUCAACAAAAAUCUAUUUACAGCCGGUCCAGCUUGGAAAGAAAUGUUCAAACACAUUGAUGGACAAACAGAGAAGAAGUUCUUCUUGUACAGCAGUAACAUGCCAACAAUAACAUCCAUAAUUGCUUCUAUUACAGGAGUUACUUACGUUCCUCCUUACAAUUCUCACCUUUCCAUCGAAGUUUGGACUGUAAAUGGAAAAGAUUACAUCAGAGCUGUUUACAACGGAGAAGUUCUUAAAAACCAACUUGCUGAUGGACAGGAAUUGAUCGAAAUUUCUAAAAUGAAGGAAGGUGUUUCACCGCUCUUCAAGUACUGCACAACAGAGAUAGAUGUUUUAUCUGAUAUCAAGUAUUAUAACAGAGUUUUACUUUAA